GACCGGAUCUCUCCUGCGGCUGUAGAUAUCUAGCUGGUUUGAAUGGUGGUAGGCAGAGGGUCGUGUUUGUUUUGUGAUCUUUAGCCCCUUAUGAAAUUCCCGACGUGUCAGCCUAACCACGCACUCAGCACGAUGAAAUCAGGCGAGCGCUUUCGGAGGAUAGGUUACACAAAGACCCCUUACUGUGUUUAGGAUUACUGCAGCAGCUGAGAUCAAAGCGAACGAGGUCUGCCAGCCCAAUUACUUGGGCGGACGUUGCGUGUGAAUGCGGUGACUGUCAACAGCGUCCCCCCACCCUGCUUUUAUAUAAUGGAAGAUCGCAUACAGAUAUGAUGUGCUAAAGCAAAACGGGGAAUAAGACGCAAGGUUUCCCUUGGAUUACGAAAACGGCAGUUGGAAACGGAAAUAAUUCAGUGUUGAUGAACACAAAGGCGAGGUCUGAGUUUACUUCUCGGCGCCUCAACUCAUCCCGACACUGAUAUUUCUCGCCCGUGUUCCUGUGAAACUGAAGCAAUGGCGAGGCACGCGGCAGUCAGGGCUCGAGCCAUUUGUCUUGUUUUCAUCAGUUAGCCUUCUGUGGUUGUCCACCUAACCAGCUCCAGUAGGACUAGCUGACUCCUGCAGUCUGUCAGCUGCAACGCGAGCUCCGCGCAGGUGGUGUCGGUACGAGAAGCUGGCGGCCCUCCGGUUAGAGUCGGAGGAGAAGGAUCUGGGCGCCAUGGCGUGGGUGCUGAAGAUGGACGAUGCUACCAUCGAGUCUGGUCUUGUGCACGACUUUGAUGCCAGUUUAUCUGGCAUCGGCCAGGAGCUCGGGGCUGGCGCGUACAGCAUGAGUGAUGUUUUGGCUCUGCCCAUAUUUAAGCAGGAAGAUGUUAGUGUACCUGUGGAGUCUGACACCAAGAAUCCUCCAUUUCAGUACGUGCUAUGUGCCGCCACAUCCCCUGCUGUUAAACUGCACGAGGAGACGCUCACCUACCUAAACCAAGGCCAGUCUUAUGAGAUCCGGUUGCUUGAUAACAGGAAGAUAGGAGAAAUGCCAGAACUCAACAAAAUAGUGAAGAGUAUAGUUAGAGUGGUUUUCCAUGACCGAAGGCUGCAGUACAUGGAGCAUCAGCAGCUGGAGGGCUGGAAAUGGAAUCGGCCUGGUGACCGCCUCCUUGACAUUGAUAUCCCCAUGUCAGUUGGCAUCACUGAGCCCCGAACACACUCCUCCCAGCUAAAUUCUGCGGAGUUCCUGUGGGAUCUUUCCAAGCGAGCGUCGGUGUUUGUACAGGUUCAUUGCAUCAGUACAGAGUUCACCCCACGGAAACACGGUGGAGAAAAAGGAGUUCCUUUCCGGAUCCAGAUAGACACCUUUAAACAAUCUGAAAAUGGGGAGUACACAGAGCACCUGCACUCGGCCAGCUGCCAGAUCAAAGUCUUUAAGCCAAAGGGAGCAGACAGAAAACAGAAAACGGACAGAGAGAAGAUGGAGAAACGGACUCCACAAGAGAAAGAGAAAUAUCAGCCUUCGUAUGACACCACCAUUUUAUCAGAGACCCGAUUAGAGCCUGUGAUCGAGGAGGCUGUGGAACAUGAGCUCAAGAAAUCGAGCAAACGGACUCUUCCUGCAGAUUGUGGAGAUUCCAUUGCCAAAAGCAAGAGAGGAAGUUGUUCUCCGUGGCCGGAAAAUGCAUACGUUAAUCCAAAUACAGCAGCUACUCCGACCUUCACCUCCAGCCCAAACACCUACAGCUCUAGCAGCACAGUACCUGACAGUGAAUCAUCAUCACCUAACCACCAGGUGGACCCAGGUAUCCUCGUGUCUACGGAGUCUUUGAGUCCUACAGCCACUAUACAAGAGACACAGAAGUGGCUCCUUAAGAAUAGAUUCAACUCAUACAGUCGUACUUUCACUCAUUUCUCAGGUUCUGAUCUACUGAAAUUAACUCGUGAGGAUUUAGUCCAAAUUUGUGGUGCAGCUGAUGGAAUCCGACUCUACAAUGCACUAAAAUCAAGAGCAGUGCGUCCCAGACUCACGGUCUACGUCUCCAUGGAGGCUUCUUCAAACGAAAGCCCUCUACUAGAAAAACGUGGUCAUAGCAAGAACGGAGAACACAGCAGAUCCACGUCCAUACAUGUUUACCACGCUCUUUACCUUGAGGAGAUGACCGCUUGUGAGCUUACCAGAAAAAUCUCCAGUGUCUUGGCCCUGCCAUUGUCCCACAUUAACCAAGUCUACAAACAGGGGCCUACUGGGAUACACAUACUUCUCAGUGACCAGAUGGUUUAUAACCUUCCCGACGAGAGCAGUUUCAUUGUCAGCACAAUACAAGAUGACACAUGUGAUGGAUUUCACCUCGUCCUGAAGUAGAGAUGCCUAAAAGGCGCAAUGUGAUGACAUCAUCAGGCUCCAUACUGCCACUCUUGAGCAUUGAAUAUGUUCCCUCCAUCCUUCUCUCUCUCCCUCGUUUAAUCUCUCUCGUUCUUCACUUCUCAGGCGUUGGAGAUAGAGAGAGAGCCGGGGUCGGGCAGGGCCUCCUAACUGUUAGAAUCUGACUUUAGUGUGUAAAUUGUUUCAUAUUGAAAACACUUAAAUCGAUGCCAGUGUGUGUGUAAGCGGUGGACUUUUAAGUAUGUGUAAGGUCGAUUGGGGAGGGAUGGAGGUGGGCAGAAACCGCAAGGAAGCGGCGAAUCGUGACCACUAUUACUAUUAACAGCAUGGGUUUUGUGAAAGGUUCUGAUAUGGCUGUGUACCUCAGAUCUGGGGCAAAACAGUCAACACUCGGACUCCUCACUUUGCAAGUUGUGAACAUACAGUACUUACUUGAGUUUGUUCGCCUUUGUCUGUACAUGGACUGGCCCACAGACAGUUUGUAUAGUCAACAUUGCACCUGUUUGUUAGAUAAUGAUGAUGAUGAUGAUGAUGAUCUCUUUUUCAAAUGUGGGGAAUUAUGUCCUGACUGAGGCAUGCGCAGGACGUCUUUAUGUCUGGAUGAACUGAUUUCCUUGAGUACAAUGGCGUGCAGCUAAUGUGAGGCUGUAAGACUUAAGUUUAGGCUGUAUCCUUUUUUUUAUGAUGUCAGUGCUGAUAUUGUUUACUAAUUCCUACAUCAAGACCACAUUUGGUACCAACUGUUCUGUUAAAACCACAGUUUCUUGAGAUUCUUAUUAUUUGCUUUUUACUUAGAUUAAAUUAAGCAUCUAUUGAGUGAGCUGGUUUAUUAUGGACCCCACUCUCUUAUGAAUAAACAGUGGGAGUCUAUAUGAUUUUAGUGUUGUGCUUCAUAUUCUCUGUGCCUGGUAACUUUUAAAUGUCCUCUAUAGGUGCUCCUAGCACAGAUUAUUGAUAUGGUAAGCAAGCACAAUCACGAAACUCCUUAAGUUAUAUUUCCCAUAACGCCUUUGCUUUCUUUUAUCAUUCUGGUUUAGGAUAGGACACAGGACUGUUGGAUAGGACACAGAACAUAGGACUGUUGCUUGCUCGGUUGAACCGUCAGCCGCUUCAGUUAUACCUCCAACCAAUCAGGGCAUGGUUUCUUCGUAGCUUUUUAAAUUGUUCUGUGUUUCUUUCUCCUUGAAUAGAGACGGUCUUAGUAGGUCAUCUCAGUAGUUAUGUAUUGGGCAGCUGUGCUUUGGCAUGUACUGUGCUUAUAUUUGCCACUUCAUAGAGGAGCAUGGCUGAAGAAUGUUGACUCCUUUUAAUUCUUUAAAAAUAAAUAAUGACCAAGUCUGCACUGAACUGAAACCACCAAGUCACAGCGUUGGAUACCUUGCUGCCGUUGGAAACUCAAUUAGAAUUUCGGUGUACACAUAAGUUUCAGGUUAAGAAAUGAUCAAAGUAUAAACACAGAUCAAAUGCUCUGGAUCACAGUCCUGUGCAUUUCUGUGGUACCAUUCAUGGUGUCCCCAUGUCUGUCUAAAGAAGCCUCUCUUACAUGGGGGUGUCGAGAUGUAAAUAAUUAAUGCCUGUACCAGAAAUAAAAUAAUUUUCAUAUAAAA